AUGGCGCGGACGCGGGCGGAGCCCCUCCCAGCUCCCCCGGCGCCGCGCGGGGGGGCGGGGGCGCCGCGUGCGUCCUCCCGCGCGGGGGCGGGGCGUCUCGUGUGUGGGCGGGGCGCCGUGCGCGUCCGCGGGACGUGGCUCACCCGCGGCCCUCAAUGCGCGUCACCCGCGCGGCCACCGCCUCCUCGGGAGCGGAAGCCGAGGCCGGGCUCUGCGCUCUGCGUCCUCGGCGCUCUGCGGCAGCGCGUGACCGUGCGCGGGGCGGGGCCUCGGGGGCGCGAGGGGCGGGACGGAGGCGCGGCGCUUACCGGCCGGCGCUCAGACUUGAAGAGGCAGCGCGACAGCGGCGGGAGCCAAUCGCAGCCAGGCCUCGGGAGCAGAGAGGCUGGGCUGGAGACUUCGGAGACCGCGGUGCAGGUGGGUGACGGCGGGGCGCCGGGGGAGCGUGGGGGGCCUGCCUCGUUCCCGGGCCAGGUCCGGCCCCGUCGUCCGCAGAGCGGAGGGCUCUCUGGCCUCGGCCGCCCGUGCCGCUCCUCGUGCGCCGUGGCGGGGGGCUUCCAUGACAGAGGGCGUCGCGCGGCGCCUCAGGAAUUGUUUCCCGGGCCCCGGGUUGCCUCCCCCAACACCCGACCCCGGAGGCCUGAGCGCCCCGAUGCCCUUCCGGGCCUGUGCCCGCCCCGGCGCAGAGCCCUGCCUCACUCCCGGAGCGGCGCGGCCCCCGCCUGA